AUGGCGGUGGCAGAUGUGAAGUUAAAUUCACCAACUCAAACAAACAGUCAAAGUGUUGUUGUCAAUGUCAAAGAAAGAGAUGUUGAAGUGGGGAAACCAUACGAAGACGAAGAUGGUAUAACAAUAGUU